AUGACAACUCCAAGUGAACUAAAAAGGAUUGAGCAGGCAAGAGAUUAUGUUCGAGAUCCUCACAACACUUCUCAAGUAUGGGCAUUGAUGACUGUCACUAGCGACAGCAAGCUUAAACUAGCCAGGAAAGGAAAAGAAUAUGACGAAUUAUUCCAGUAUCUCGGAGAAAAUGACAUGUGUUUUGUCUACAUUAAGAUAAUUACCGGCGACGAAGUAAGCCGACGAGAAAAGUUUGUGUUAAUCACUUGGGCUGGCCCAGGAAUUUCUGCGGUGAAAAAGGGUAAAAUGCUGUUGCCUCGUUCAGAGAUUGACAAUAUUUUCGAACAGCGUGCUAAAGUUAUUGAGGCAAAUGAUCUGUUAGAGUUAGAUUAUGAAAAGGUAAAAGAAAUAUUGGUAAAAUCUGGGGGUGCAGAUUAUGGAAGUUCAACUUCAUAG